GCCAUGACAUUUUUUGUGUGUAUAGUGUGUGUCAAGAGGAACGAAUUUGCUCCAGUCUCUUGUCUGUCCCGCAGAAAUUCGUAAAAUUUGCCUCCGUUUCGGACAUUUCGUCGCUGGUCCGGUGGUUCGCUAUGUAGCACAGGUGCCGUCGGUAACGCGAGUGCCAAAAUUCCGUCCAUUACGACGCGAUCUGGGACGGAAAAGUGGAGUUCUUUUUCGUUCGAUGGUGAAUUCUUUUGUUGUUGGAGUGCCACCACCAUCGGGAAUAAUAGCAAUAGCAAGAGCAGCAGCAGAAGUGGUGGAAGAAGAUUCGUGCUUCGAAGGAAGAGAGGCCAGCAGAAGAAGACGUGUCGUAGGUUGUCGUCGUCGCGUCCGGAUUUAGUGGCAGCAUAAAAGUGCUUUUGGGGGGUGGCCGGGGAACCUGGGGGUACUGCCCGUCAGGUCAUAUGUCUGAGGGUCCCGGCUGGCUGCUGGCAGUCGCUGCUUGCAGAUCCGGACAGGCCCAGUUCGGGGCUGGGCGAGGAGGGAAUUGCCAAGUCAAAACAUUGCCCCACCUCCUCCUAGCCUAGAGAGCGGUGGACAGAACAGGAACAGAAGGAAGAAGAAGCGAUCGCUGCAGGCGGAGCAAUAAGCGCGGACACGGAUCCGAAGAUGGCCACCCUAAUGGACGAGGAUCGCCGCCGCAGGCUGAUGGCGCUAGAGGAGAAGAUACGCGAUCCGAGUUAUAUCGCAAAUCUGGAUUGCCUGCUGGAUACGGUGACGGCGCUGGUUUCCGACUGCGAUCACGACAAUGUGAAGAUCAUCAAAAACAUCGAAACCUACAUCAAACGAUACAAAGAUCUGGCCCGUGAAAUCAACGACCUGCGCAUGAAACCGGACGACUUCAUCCCAAUCAAGCUGAUCGGUCGGGGUUCGUUCGGUGAGGUCCAGCUAGUGCGCCACAAAUCUUCCAAACAGGUUUACGCCAUGAAGCGCCUGUCCAAGUACGAGAUGAUAACCCGCUCGGAUACGGCCUUCUUCUGGGAGGAACGCUACAUCAUGGCCCACGCCAAUUCCGAGUGGAUUGUCCAGCUGCAUUUUGCCUUCCAGGACAGUAAGUACCUGUACAUGGUGAUGGACUACAUGCCGGGAGGAGACAUUGUCAGUUUGAUGAACAUCUACGAAAUCCCGGAGAAGUGGGCCAUUUUCUACACGAUGGAAGUGGUGUUGGCGCUGGACACUAUUCACAAUAUGGGUUUCAUCCAUCGGGAUGUUAAGCCGGACAACAUGUUGCUGGACAAGUACGGACACCUGAAGUUGGCGGACUUUGGCACGUGCAUGCGAAUGGGUCCGGACGGGUUGGUCCGCUCGUCGAACGCUGUCGGAACGCCUGAUUACAUCAGUCCGGAAGUGCUGCAAUUUCAAGGUGCUCAAGGUUAUGGGCGUGAGUGCGAUUGGUGGUCGGUUGGGAUUUUCCUGUAUGAAAUCUUGUUGGGGGAUACUCCGUUCUACUCGGACAGUUUAGUUGGAACCUAUGGCAAAAUUAUGGACCACAAAAACUCGUUGCACUUCCCGGAAGAUGCUCCCAUCAGUGAGAAUGCUAAAUCACUGAUCAAAGGCUUUCUGACCGAUCGUACACAGCGAUUAGGUCGUCACAGCGUUGACGAGAUCAAGUGUCAUCCGUUCUUCCAGAAUGAUGUUUGGACGUUUGAAAAUCUUCGUGAGUCGGUUCCACCCGUGGUACCGGAGCUUAGCAGUGAUGACGAUACUCGAAAUUUUGACGAAAUAGAAAAGAAGAAUAGUGUGGAAGCUAACUUUCCAACACCGACGACGUUUUCCGGAGACCAUCUUCCGUUUGUAGGAUUCACCUAUACGGGGGAUUAUCAGUUACUUAGUGGCAUUGCCCAGGACAAUGUGGAUAACAAGACCACAGCUUUGAAUUCAUCACAUCGCAAUCACCAUCGGCAUCGAUCCUCGAACAAUGCUGAGCUGAUGCGAAUGGAAAAUAUGCUUCAACGGGAACGAAACACCAUAGAAAUGCUGGAGAAGCAAGAACGGACACUCCGCCAGCAGAUAGAGCUAAUCACUCAGAGGGAAACCGAUAUUCAAAAUCUGGCCAAUACUUACGAGAAGGAACUCACCAUGCUGAAACACAACUUCCGGGAAUUGCAACGGAAAGCGGACAGCGAACAAGAGACACGAAGAAAGAUGGAAAACCUGCUACUGGAGACGAAGCAGCGUCUGGAGGAGGAGAAGAGCAAACGAACUCGGGAGAUGAACAACAAUCAACAGUACAAUGACAAGAUCAACAUGUUGGAGAAGCAGCUGAUGGACAUUCAAGAGAAAUACAAAAACGAAACGGAAAACAGCCAAAAGAUGAAGAAGCAGCUUGCCGAGUUGAGGUUGUCCAAGUCGGAUGUCGAGCAGAAGGCAAACGACCUGCAAUCGUUGCUGACAGGACUGCAAGCUGCCCGAGAUGCUCUACAGCAGGAAGUCGCCGAUCUACAAACGCGCUUGGCACAGGAGCGAAAUGCACGAAUUCAAAUGACCGAAUUGCAGAAAGAGCUAGAGGGAAAGAUCCAUUCCUUGGUGGGGGAUCUGGAUCGGUCGGUUACGCGGGAACAGCAAGCCAUGCUUGACAACAGGAGCCUGUCGGACAAGAUCUCGGAGCUGGAGAAGGAGAUUGCUUCGAUCGAGUGCGAACUGAAAGCUGUGCAGAGCCGGUACCAUCAGGAGGUCAAGGCACACCAGGAGACCGAGAAGUCUCGACAACUGAACAACGAAGAGGCUAACAUGCAGGAGGUUAAGGCACUUCAAACAAAGCUGAACGAGGAGAAGGUGGCUCGCCAGAAAGCGGAACAGAACUCGCAAGAGAAGGAACGCCAGAUUUCGAUGCUCUCUGUAGACUACCGACAGAUUCAGCAGCGACUGCAAAAACUCGAAGGAGAAUACCGGCAGGAAUCUGAGAAGGUUCUAGCAUUACACAGUCAGCUGGAGCAGGAGCAAAGUAAGAAGAGUAGUCUGCUGUCGGAACUCAGCCUACAGAGCUCUGAGGUAGCCCACCUUAAGGCGAAGGAGACGCAAUUGGUGAAAGAAGUUCAGCAAUUUAGGGAGACUAAGCGGAAAUACGAGGAAGAUAUUGUGAAGAUCAAAAAUGCUCAUAAUGUAGACAUUCUACAGAUGAAAGAGCUUCAAGAUCAGCUUGAAGCGGAGCAGUACUUCUCUCGUCUGUACAAAACUCAAAGCAACGAGGUGCGCGAAGAGUUGGAAGAGAAGUCCAGGCAGCUCCAGGACCUGGAGGAGGAGCGAACGUCAGUACUGCAUCAGCUCCAGCUGGCAAUUGCUCGAGCCGACUCGGAAGCGCUCGCUCGUUCGAUUGCCGAGGAAACCGUGGCUGACCUGGAGAAGGACAAGACGAUGAAGGAGUUAGAACUGAAGGAUCUAAUAACCAAGCAUCGUAACGAGCUUGCAACCAAAGAAGCGGCACUAACGUCACUUAAGGAUCUAGAAACAGAAAUGAACAAAAAGCUAAACAACAAAGCCUUCGAGCUGGAUGAUCUUACGCAGCAGAAUCGAAAGAUGCAGGACGAGCUCAGCGUGCUGAAGAGCGAACAGAGCGAAAUGGAGAAACUGCGCACAAAACUCAAGACUGAGACUAUGCUUAAGCAGCAGGCCGUCAACAAGCUGGCGGAAAUCAUGAACCGGAAGGACAACAACCUCACCGGGAAGCAGAAGAGCAAGGUCAACUCGACGGCCGAUCUGAGGAAGAAGGAGAAGGAAAACAAACGCUUACAGCAGGAACUAUCGGUGGAACGUGCCAAAUACGACGAAUUGUGUCUGAAGCACAACGAGACGAUCAGUCAAUUAUCAAGGGAAAUUGAUAUCAAAACCAAGCUUCAGAUGGAGAUCGAGUGCAAGGCGACGGAAAUCGAACAUCUGCAGAUGAAGCUGAACGAAACGGCGUCGCUUUCGUCGGCCGACAACGACACCAUGGAGGACAACCAGGACGCCAUGUUCGAGGGUUGGCUGAGCGUGCCGAACAAGCAGAACAUCAAGCGGUACGGCUGGAAGAAGCAGUUCGUGGUGGUUUCGCCCAAGCGGAUCAUCUUCUACAGCACCGAACUGGACAAGCAGAACACGAGUGAUCCGUUGCUUAUCAUAGACUUAAGCAAAGUGUUCCACGUGAGGCCUGUCACGCAAGGUGACGUCAUCCGGGCGGAUCCGAAGGAGAUUCCUCGAAUAUUCCAGCUGCUGUAUGCUGGAGAAGGGGAAGCACGGAGACCGGACGAGCAGCAACAGUUGGACGUUAGCUCAUCGAAGGCGGAUGAGAGACCGCUGACGUUGCAAUACAAAGGUCACGAGUUUCUGCAGAUUAGUUACCAUAUACCAACCACGUGUGACCUUCCGUCUUGCCAGAAAGCCCUUUGGCAUGUGUUCAAGUCCCUACCCGCCUACGAGUGCAAAAGGUGCCGCUUCAAGCUGCACAAGGAGCACGUGGACAACAACAACCCGCUGGCGCCGUGCAAGCUGCAUCAUGACCCCAACCACGCCCGCGAGAUGCUUCUGCUGGCGACGUCCAACGAGGACCAGGCCCGGUGGGUAAGUCGGCUGUCCAAGCGUAUCCAGAAGAGUGGAUACAAGGCCAACUCGACCAACAACCUCCAGCAGGGCGGCAGCACCGGUAGCAGUAGCAGUGGCAACGGGGACGGUAGCAAAAUUAGUCCAAGUCAAUCGACACGUUCCAAUUACAAGCCGUACGCUGUGAAUGUGCAACGGUCAGCUACUCUACCGGCGAACGCUUCGCUAAAACAGCAACAAUAGAGCGGAGGAGAUCUUCCAUCAGCGUAACUACUACUACUACUACUACUAUUACUACCAACUACAACUACCACUACCACUACCACUAUCACCAUCUUCCUAAUUCUCCAGACAAAUGUUUUAAACACAACGUUAAAUGGGCUAGAAUGUGUGUUUAACCAGCUGCUAUUGGUGGUAUACAUUUAACGAUCCAUUUUUUCCAAACAAGACAACCAAAUGCUCACGACAAUUGAUACUACUCCCACAUUAAACACACACAUCCGCAACUACUAGCUCAAAAGCCUUCAUCAGAGAAUGUGAACUAAAAAUCAAACCCGAAAGUCUGUGAAAAUCGUGCGUAGCGUAAGAUAUGAAAAAAUCCGUAGCAAUAGUUUGUAGCAAACAAUUGGAAGGAAACGGAAAAAAACACCAAUCAAACCAACCAAUCAACUAGGUAGCGCAGUAGAGGGAGAGAGAGGAACGAAGUCAAAGUCAUUUGUUUUUAUGUCGAGUCAGUAGCAGAGCACGCGCGCAUUUAUUAAGCAAAAAGAUGAAGAAGAAUAACGCUAAUAGGAUUUUUAUUAUACAAAAACAUAAUUUAUAACCUGUCGUCAUUUAGUUUUAGGCUGGAAACGGGGUUUUUCUGCGAACGUCGGUUCGGAAAUUUUAUGGGGUCACUUUUUUUCGGGGUUAAGUUUUAGAAAAUUAUUAGUUUUCUUCUGCUAUGUAUAAAUUGUACAGUUUGUUGUUAAAUUUAAACUGGAGAUAAAAUUUGAUUUCAGUGGAAACCUGAUGCAUUCUUGUCUUGCGAAUUUACCCUGCUAAAUAUUUCAUUAAAUGCGACAAAAUUUCUUUAAGUUUGCUUGUUUUUCACCGUGCCCGACACAGGUAGUUUUCAUGGAUAUAAUUUUGGUUACAGGAUUGGCAUUUUUGAACAUGGCGCAACGUAUCGUUUUAUCGUAACAUUUGAUGCAAUGGUUUUCAAUAGGUUUUGGACUAGAAAUUGGCAUAAUAAUGUGUGAAAUACAACUUGCCAAGCUCAGAUAAUUUGGCUGACUAAAAGCUUCUAUACCAAUGUUGAUCAUGAAGGUAUUAAACUCCCCUAUGACUAGGAAUAAUUCUUCAAUACGAAUUGGGUUGCCUAAUCCUUUCUUUUCCACUAUAACCUAUAAUCUACUUUUUCUUUACGAAAAAAGUGUUUUCAAAAAAAGUGCUUUAACAAAAUACAAGGUUGCUAAAUAUUUCGAAAUCGGUUUUUUGUUGUUUUUUUAUAGUAAAUUUAUUGUUCAUCAAUAUUUUUACUAUUGCAACAGUUAGUUGACUUUUGGAUUAAUCUGAUGAGUAUAGAAUCAUAUCCUAGUAACUCUUGUAUUAACUAUUCAUCUGAUUCGGUUUGUCUCAAGUUCACCGAAAAUCAAUGGAGCUCUGGAGCUACCAUGGAAAACAGAGGGUUAAGGACAUUCAGAGCUUUGAAUACCCAUCUACGUUGAAUUCUGGAUAGAAAUUUUUUUUUGAUAUUAAGUCAUAUCAUGAUUAUUCAGUGGCGUUUUUCUAAUCACAAAUUUACCUGUUGUACGAACAGAAAUUCUCAAAUUUUCAAGACAAAUGCGCAUCUAUCAAUUAGUGAAUUAUUUAAAUAGUUGAUUCAAUUAUUGCUCUUUUGGAUUUGAUUGUAAAUAUGUCCAAAUAUAAAUUUAUAGUAUCGUAGAACAGGUAAUAAGUGAGAUUAUAAUUCGCUUUGAGUUCAUUGGUUAUCAUGUAUCAUUUUCUAACGUUUUCUAAUGUUCUAAUGUCAAGAAUUUUUGUCACAGGAUUGGCAGUUUUGGACAUUGAGUAACAUAUGUAGGGACCUUUUGGUCGGUUUUUAUUUUAGUAUACCGUGUAUGUACCAUAUUUGACGCGAGUCCAAACUUGACGCACUUUUCAACAUUUUUACCAUUAAAACUAUAUAAUUAUUAUGAAAAAUUAUACCUAUAACUAUUUGUUUACACUAAUGUAACAUACUAAAUAUCAAAACAGGUAGUUUUUGUUUGUACACAAGCAUAAACAAAAAUAAAAGCAAAACUCCAUCCGUCAAAUGCGCCAUUUUUCGCCAAUCUUAACAUGGCUGCUAAUGAAGCAGUAAAAUAUUUCUCCUGAAUUCAACAUUUGAAUACAACAUUUUGUUAACCACGUCAAAUAUGGUGCUUUCACGGUACUAUAUAUUCUACAGUUUUAAGAAAGCUUUAUAUCGCUAUUUUAGGUGAUUUU